UCGUCUGUUCUGUUCCUAAGUCGGCUUGCCUUUUAUUCUACAACGACACGAAACACGAGGGCAUUCCUGAGCCUUUCGGGAACCGGGUGGAAAAAGGAGAGGGUGGAUCCGGAGAGUGACCCGGAAGCAGAAGUGUCCCUUGCCGUGGAGUGCUGGGAAGCGGCAGCGGCGACCACAGCGAGAGAAGCAGCACUCUAGCCGCCUGCAGCCCAACCUGGGAGGAAGAUGCUAAUUAAAGUGAAGACGCUGACUGGAAAGGAGAUUGAGAUUGACAUUGAACCCACAGACAAGGUGGAGCGAAUCAAGGAGCGUGUGGAAGAGAAAGAGGGGAUCCCCCCACAACAGCAGCGACUCAUCUACAGUGGCAAACAGAUGAAUGAUGAGAAGACAGCCGCCGAUUACAAGAUUCUAGGCGGGUCGGUCCUCCACCUGGUCUUGGCUCUCAGAGGAGGAGGUGCUCUUGGGCAGUGAUGACCCUCCUUGCCCUGUUGCUCCUAAUGAAGCAUCACAUGUCUUCUCACUCUCUGGGACACCAGAAUUACUGCCCCCUCCCUUGGAUGCCCGGUCUUGUGUGUCUACUGGUGGGAGAAUGUGAGGACCCCAGGGGGCAGUGUUCCUGGCCCAAAUGGCCAUUGCUGGCUGUUGGGUUUUAGUCUGCAGUCCCGUGUGCUUCCCUCUCUAUGGCUGUGUCCUUGGUUGUCAAUAAAAGAUUUCCUUGCCUCCUGGAA